ACACUGUGCUAUCGAAUCCGUGCUACCACAUACAUAUUUUUUCAGCCAACUAAUUCUACAGGAGUAGAAUUUUUCCAAGUAGUGGGACUCUCUAAAAUUAAACUUCCACAAAGACAAAAUCGCCCAAGCCGGAAUGCCGCGUGACUACGACAGGGACUACAACGAGGACGCCGCCGACUACAAGCGGAAGCGACGCGAUGAGGAGCCAGCGGCGACCGGUGCUCCGGAGAAUCAGGAGGCGGACGGCGGUGGACACACCACCAGCCACGCCGCCCUCCGGGACACGCCCCAGUUGAACGAGAAGACGAACGCCUACCUGCAGGAGUGCCUGCUGGAGAAAAAGACGCUCGAGAAGAAACACAUCAUCACCAAGCGCCUGCUUGACGACGAGGUGGAGAAGAUCUUGGUCAGCGGCCGCAUUCCCAAGCCCGAGAUCUAUGCCAACGUGUACAGCGAAAAGCCGAUCCGCGUAGCACAGAAGGUGCUGUUCCCGAUCAAGGAAUAUCCCAAGUUUAACUUCGUUGGCAAGAUCCUGGGCCCCAAGGGCAACACGCUGCGCCAACUACAGGAGGAGACCAUGUGCAAGAUGGUGGUGAUGGGGCGAAACUCGAUGCGUGACCAUGGAAAGGAGGAGGAGCUGCGCAGCUCCGGCAAUCCCAAGUACGCCCAUCUCAGUCGGGAUCUGCACGUGGAGAUAUCCACGGUGGCCCCUCCAGCGGAGGCCUAUCACAGGAUCAGCUAUGCGCUGGGCGAGAUUCGUAAGUUUAUGAUACCCGAUGCGAACGACGACAUUCGGCUGGAGCAACUGCGCGAGAUGGACGGCAAGGAGCGCAUGUACAAGAAGUCCCACCACUAUUCCAAGUCGUACGGCGAUCAUGGCGCCUAUAGUUCCCGCACUCCACCUCCUGCUUCCUCCAAACCCAAAGUUUAUUCGAUUCUGGAGAAGGCACGAUAUGUGAUGGACGAUCCUAACUAUGGCAUUGUCAAGACACACAGCAGAUCCAGGGACCACGAGCUUUACGACCACCACGGGGAAUACGAUCGCUAUGCCACACCGCCGCCCCAAACAUCCAAGCACUCGACCCACCACGCCCAGUAUGACAGUAGCUCCUACGAGCGCGACUACCGGCGUGAGUAUCACCCCCACUCGUCCUCCUCUUCCUACGCGGCGGCCUAUCCAGCAAAACCAAGCAAUGGUCGUUCAUCAUCGUCAUAUCGACCAACAACCUCGGGCUCGGGAUCACAUUCAUCUGCUCACUACGAAACUGGAUCCCGAUCUCGUGAAAGCGUGCGUUAUCGCUCGGCUCCAUAUCCGAAAAUACGUUAACCCAUCGAUUUUCCAAAAUCCCAAGAAACCAACCCCAACAACAACAACAACCACAACUAAACAAAGUUAAGCAUAAAGUAUAAAAUAUAUUCCAAACAAAUUAUCUAAUAUGUUUAAAGUCAACAAUCCAACUAUGCACACCUAUUAAAUAUACUAUCUUAACAAAAAUGAAAUGAAAAACGUAACUUUUUAUUGCAAUUGUUGUCCAAUAUUUGAAUUGUGUUAAAAACAAAAUCAUCAAUGCAACAAAUUUUAUCCUCGAAAUGAUUGUAAAAAUAAAACAAAAACUUAAAACCAAUGAAUGCUAGUAAAAGCGAAUACAAAAAAAGAACAAAACACAAACAAAAAUCCCCAAAACAAUUAAUUAAUCAAUGCGUAAUGUUAGACUAAGCUUUGGAAAUAUUGUUUCAUAAGAUUAUGGAGAUAAAACCAACAAUAAAAGCAACACAUAAACCCCA